AUGAAGGAGAAGGGCUUGGACAUUGUGCCUGAUUUAAAGAAAGCAUGGGGAGAUCAAUGCAAAUCAUACUUUGAGGAAGCAAAAUGGUUCCACCAUGGCCGAACCCCCAUGCUCGAGGAGUACAUGGAGAAUGGACUGGUAUCAAUAGCUGGUCCAAUCAUUCUAUCUCACGCUUACUGUGUGGCCAAAGACUUAACUGGAGAGGCCUUGAAAAUUUUUCCCAAUUACCAUGAGAUCACACGCUCCUCUAGCAUACUUUUUCGUCUUUACGAUGAUAUGGGCACUUCCACGGAUGAGUUAGAAAGGGGCGACGUGCCAAAAUAUGUUCAAUGCUACAUGCACGAGAAAGGUGUCUCAGAGGAAGUGGCGAGAAGGGAGAUAAGAGAAUUGAUGAGGAAAUAUUGGAGAGAAUUGAAUGCAUCUCUUAGUUGGGAUUCUCCAUUAGAGGAGUACUUCAUGAAUAUACAAGUUAACAUCCCUCGGAUGGCGCAGUUCUUUUAUGAUCACGAAGGAGAUGGAUAUGGCAAGGCAUAUGGAGAAACUAAGUCUCAGAUCAUAUUGCUAUUAUUCGAACCUAUCCAAAUUUAAAAUGAAUUCAUAUAAAUUGUACCCUCUAGCCAGAGGGAUCUAUAAAGUAUUAUCGAAUUAAAUAAAUGGAAAGUUUAUUCUAUUGUUA